AUGGCUUCUUCUUCCGCCUUUAACAAUUACAUCGUUGACUCCGCUAUGGGGCCUACCUGCAGCCGGCAAGUUCCUCCAGGCUCCUUUGGCGUGCCCGCGCGCAGCGGGCACGGUCACUUCUGUGCCUGUGACAGGUGCCCACACCUGCAAGUCUUCCGUAGUAUAGUGGUCAGUAUGUGA